GUCGUUGUCGUGGAGCAUGGGUCCAUGGGCCGCAGUCGUGUGCAUCAUCCGCGUACGUAUCGAUCCAUAACGGCAUAACCCCCCAUACGCAGGCGCUGCACAAGCGAUGCUCCAAUGCAUGUUUCAUCUUGAUAUCUAUCCAUAGAAACAGCUGAAUGCCAGCCAUCAACCUGUCAAUCCUCUGCUGGAUUUCGUUGGUGGACGCCUCAAUCGCCGCGUCAUCCCCCAGAAGUGACGGCGGUUGGUUCACUCCAAUCGGCUGGGUUCCUAGGAACGGCAAACGGCGAGCCGAGCGGUUAGGAGGACAAGGAUCUGAUAUGGAUGGAAGGCAGUCGAAGGACAAUUAGCAGGAUCUCG